GGCGCUAAGACCCUGCACGUCCUCGCGCGGAGGAAGCGGCAGGGAGGGACUGCUCUGCGGGAGACGGCUUAAAGGUUGACGUUGGUGCGCCUGAGGAGCGGGGCGCAUCCACCGGGCGCAGCGGCGCCGAGCCGAGCCCAGCCGAGCCGAGCCCAGCCAGCCAGCCAGCCAGCUCUCCCUGUCCCUCCAUGCUGCAGACCAUGGACAGACUCAGCGUGCUAGAUCAGCUCCUUCCUGAGCUUAACGUGCUGCUCAAGUUGCUGGACCAUGAAUAUUUGAGCUCUACCACAAUGGAGAAGAAAACAGCGGUCUCAAAUAUCUUGCAGAAGCUGCAGCCCCCCACAGGGAAGGAUGUGAACUACAUGUAUAUGAAUACCGCAACCAUACAUAAUGGCACUAGCUUUGUGGAGUCACUCUUUGAAGGCUUUGACUGUGACCUGGGCAACCUUCAGGAUAUGCAAGAAGAUGAUGGGGAUGCCAAAGAAGGCAUCAGCCUGGAGCUUUCAAGGAGUCAGUCAGCUAAAAGUGUUUCUGGGGAGCCACCUCCGCCAUUGCCCACCACUCCGCCUCCUGAAGAUUACUACGAAGAAGCCCUGCCACUGGGCCCAGGCAAAGCCCCCGAGUACAUUACAUCCCACAAUAGCUCCAGUCCCCCCAACUCAAUAGAGGAUGGCUAUUACGAGGAUGCUGACAGCAACUAUCCUGUCACCAGAAUGAACGGAGAACAAAAAAACUCCUACAAUGACUCCGAUGCAAUGAGCAGCUCCUAUGAAUCUUACGAUGAGGAGGAGGAGGAUGGGAAAGGCCAGAGGUUAACACAUCAGUGGCCGUCAGAGGAAGCUUCUAUGAACCUAGUAAAGGACUGCAGGAUUUGUGCUUUCCUGUUGCGCAAGAAGCGCUUUGGGCAAUGGGCCAAGCAGCUGACAGUCAUCAAGGACAACAAACUGCUGUGCUACAAAAGCUCCAAGCACAGACAGCCCCACCUUGAGGUGCCCCUGAGCGUCUGCAACGUGGUCUAUGUGCCAAAGGAUGGCCGCCGCAAGAAGCACGAGCUACGCUUCUCUCUGCCCGGAGCCGAAGCCCUUGUGCUGGCAGUGCAGAGCAAAGAGCAAGCGGACGAGUGGCUGAAGGUGAUAAAGGAAGCAAGCAGUCCCAAUGGAGGCGGACUGAGUGGAACUGAAGUUCCUACAUCUCCAAUGCUUACAUGCAAGAUGGACCAAGACAAGAGGUCAUCUCAGGACAAGCAUACCUCGGACUCUGACAGUGUGGCAACGGCAGAAAACUGCUCCUCCUUGGCUCGCAGGGAGGCCCAUGAGCAAGGGAAAGGCAAAAAAAGUGGUUUGGCUGAAUUAAAGGGCUCUGUAAGUCGAGCAGCUGGGAGGAAAAUCACCAGGAUCAUCAGCUUCUCCAAGAAGAAGCCGUCCCCAGAGGAUACCCAGACAUCCUCUACAGAGGAAGACAUCCCAUGCUGUGGCUACUUGAAUGUUCUGGUGAACCAGUGCUGGAAGGAACGUUGGUGUCGUUUAAAAGGCAACACACUUUAUUUCCACAAGGACCGCACCGACUUAAGGACACAUGUGAAUGCCCUUGUCCUAAGGGGCUGUGAGGUGGCACCAGGACUCGGCCCCAAACACCCCUUUGCUUUCCGCAUUCUUCGCAAUGGGCAAGAGGUUUCUGCCUUGGAGGCUAACAGCUAUGAAGAUCUGGGAAGAUGGCUUGGGCUGCUGCUGGUUGAAACUGGUUCCCAGACAACCCCAGAGGCCUUACAUUAUGACUACGUGGAUGUGGAGAAAAUAGCCAACAUCAUCAAUGCUGUGCGGCACUCUUAUAUGUGGGCCAGCUGCUCCCUUGAAAACCAAACAGACUCUUCCCGUGUGUUAUAUGAUGAAGUCCCCUAUGAGAAGGUGGAGCUGGAGAAGUCAGGGAGGCCAUCAGGGUCCCAGGUGAAGCGCCAUGGCUCCUCUUGCAGUGAGAAAUCACGCCGUGUGGACCCACAAGUUAAAGUCAAGCGUCAUGCAUCAAAUGCUAACAACUACAAGUAUGGCAAGAACCGGGCUGAGGAAGAUGCCAGGAAGUUCUUAACUGAGAAGGAAAAAUUGGAGAAGGAGAAGGCGUCCAUCCGGAAUGAACUUGUGAACCUGCGCAAGGAAAAGCGGGAGCUACGAGAGGCCAUGAAAAGUAGCUCAGGGAAAGAACUGAAAGAGCUGGAGCAUCAUGUGGCAGCCCUGGAGGAGCAGUGCAAAGCCAAUGAGGCAAGGCGUGUGGACCUCGAACUCAAGCUGACAGAGGUGAAAGACAGGCUGAAGCAGUCCCUGGCAGGAGGGCCAGCACUGGGGCUCACUGUCACCACCAAGGUGGAAAACAAGGAGACUGUAACGCAGCCCAAUGGAAACCCCCUGGAGCACUUGGUCCCAGUUAACUGUGCAGCAGAAAUGAGGAAACGGAGCCCUUCCCUCCUCCCUGCCAAUAAAGGGAAUGUCCUACAGAAGGCCAAGGAGUGGGAAAUGAAGAAAACAUAAAGGGUCACAGUGCCCCCAUCCCUGAGGAUGACUCCUCUCAAGCAUUGGGACACAGUUAGGAAAGACUGAAGCACCACAAGAGCCUUUCCUCUCUCAAAAGAAUGACAGCACGAUGUUGAGGAACCCGGUUCUUCAGCAAGGAGAGUGCCCACGCUCCAGGGAAGGAAGGACUAACAAGCAGAUGCGAA